GGGGCUUGAAGUAAGACUCAGGCAAAGAGGAACAGGAAGUUACAGGCUUUGUGCUUUUAUUCACAAGCAGCUUUACUCUCUGUGUGUCCAACCACUCUGUUAGAUGCAGAGACGGAAAAUCACCACCGCUGUUCCUUUUCCAUAGAAAUCUCCAGCGCAGGAGAAGAAUGCCGUUAUUCAUCGCACGGUGGCUGUGCCGGCUGGCAGUGCAGCUCAGGAGAAAGCAAAGUUGCUGCGGUGCCUUCCUCCUACUCACGGUCCUGCUACAAACCCAAGCAAGUGCAAGUCUUGGCUGUUUGCUGACUGUACGGUCUGCCGAACAACUGCUAAAUGUUUCUGUGGGAGACCAACUACAACUGAAGUGUACAGUUCAGUUCUGCGGCAAGAAGCAGUUGCCCGAAACCUACUGGUGUAAAUUUUCUACAAAUUCCUGCCAGCCGCUGAAUGAAACAACGCGGUUAUAUCCUGGUAAUCCAAGACGCACAGUGUUUGUGACGUACCGAGUGUCUUCUGUUCAGCUGAGUGAUGGUGGCACAUUUGUUUGCCAAGCAAAACAUGGAAGUGAGACCGCAGUGGGUUAUUCAAUCAGAGUAAACGUGAGAGACACUCCUCUGAGUGUACAAAUUUCCAAAGCACCGUUAAACCCUUCUGUGGGAGAGAGUCUGUCUCUGAACUGUACAGUCAGGUUCUAUGCUAAAGAGGGAUCAUUGCCAGAAGCCUUUUGGUGCAAACGUGGUGGAGAUGGCUGUCCCCGACUGGCUGGAACGAUCCACUAUCCAACCUUUUCGAAAAAUAAGGAAAUGUUCAUUUUUGUGAUCUACACAAUUCUCUCUGUUGAGCUGAGUGACAACGGCACCUUCCAGUGUUGGGCAAGGCAAGGCAACGCAAAGGCAGGGAGGUCGAUCACUGUGAACAUACAAGAAGCCGGUCAGGAGCGAGGAUUCUGGACUGUCUACAGCCUCUGCAGGUGGAUCAUGUUCGGGCUGCUGAUCACAGUUCCCGUUCCAUUCUGUCACUCGUCCUGUAGCCGAGGAAAACGAGAUGGAAAUGGACAACACUGAGACAAUGUGAAGGAAAUUAAUGAACCUCGAUACACAAAGAGCCCAGAAACAUCAGCAUUGACUCAAACCACCUCGUCAAGUUGCUUCUGUAUU